AUGGAAGAGCGAAGUCUGAGGCAUGGCGUGUGGACUACGCCCGAAUUAAGGGGGUACGAGAUUGCUCAAGUACACGAAGUGUACCAUUACCCCGACCGCAGCAGUGACUUGUUUCAAUCUUACAUUCGCGAGAAUCUAAAGAUGAAGUUGGAAGCUUCUGGAUGGCCGUCAGAUUGCGACACCGAAGAUAAAAAGCGAGAGUUCAUGGCGUCCGUCAGAACCAGCCAAGGCAUCACUCUAGAGUACAAUAAUGUCGUUAAGAAUUCGGGGUUGCGUUCGGUGGCCAAGUUAAACUUGAAUUCUUUGUGGGGUAAGUUUGGUCAGAAUCCUUUUCGUGGCAAGGUGGAGUACAUUACGGAACCAUGCCGCUUCUUCGAACUGCUACACGACGACACUGUCAACGUGAAGACGGUGCUGUUGUUAACGGGUGACAUGGUUCAAGUAAAUUACGACGUGCACCGUGAGUCCACGGUGUGCAACCCCAACGGCAACGUCGUGAUUCCAGCUUUUGUAACGGCCUGGGCUCGCCUGCGUUUGUACGACAAGCUGAGCGCUUUGGGUGAACACGUGCUUUACCACGACACGGAUUCCAUCAUUUACAAGACGGAACCGGAAGGAGAUGAAGAAAUGGAAACAGGAGACCAACUAGGUCAAUGGUCGGAUGAAUGCGGAGAUUCCAACGCCAAUUGGAUCGUGAAAUACGUGUCCCUAGGACCUAAAACGUACGCGUACCGUUCGAAGAAGGGCGAGUGUGAAGUAAAAUGCAAGGGCAUUAGCUUAACACCUAGUGCCAAAGAAUUGGUUCACAUGAAGAGCAUGAAACGCUUGCUGGUGCAAGAGAAUGAAAAAAUUACGGUAAAUUAUCCGCGUAAGAUUAUUAGGGACGGCACACACAAAGUGCUAAGGACGGUAUCCAUGGACAAGGACGUUCGCUUGGUAUAUACCAAGCGACAACGAGUAGAUCAAGGAUUGACAACGUUGCCUUAUGGAUAUUAA